AUACUCCGGAAGCAGGAAGGAGGAGUUCACCGCGAUCAUCCGACCAAUUGCUGGCGGCAUGGAGCAGCAUGGCGCUCUUCCACUGGUUAAUCCUUCAUUGGUACCGCCUCCGUAUACUUUUAUGCCUUCCCAUUGGGUAAUGCUGGGGAAUUGAAGAAUAGGGCAUUUGGGGAACUGUAGUUUCUAGAGGGAAGUAGCGUACUGACUUUCCUGGCGUGGGUCUGAGCACGGUGAGCAGAUGAACGGGAAGCGGCCCGCGGAUCCCGGCCCUGCGCGGCCGAUAAAGAAGGGGAAGAAGCAGGUAGCGGCUGAGUUUUCGGACGCUGUCACGGAAGAAACCGUGAGGAAGCAGGUGGCUGAGGCCUGGAGCCGCCGGACGCCGUUCAGCCAUGAAGCUAUUACUUUGGACAUGGAUCCUUUUCUUCACUGUGUGAUCCCAAACUUCAUCCAAAGCCAAGACUUCCUGGAAGGACUUCAGAAAGAACUCCUGAGCCUGGACUUCCAUGAAAAGUACAAUGAUUUAUAUAAGUUCCAGCAGUCUGAUGAUCUGAAGAAGAGAAAAGAGCCUCAUAUCUCAGCUUUAAGGAAACUUCUGUUUGAAGAAUUUCGGGCCUGGCUUUCUAAGGUUUCCAGCAUUGACCUAGAACCAACCAUUGACAUGUCCUGUGCUAAAUACGAAUUCACUGAUGCGCUGCUCUGCCAUGAUGAUGAGCUGGAGGGGCGCCGGAUCGCCUUCAUUCUCUACCUGGUUCCUUCCUGGGACAGGAACUGGGGGGGCACCCUGGACCUUUAUGACACUGAUGAACACUUGCAGCCAAAGCAGAUUGUCAAGUCUCUUAUCCCUUCGUGGAACAAACUGGUUUUCUUUGAAGUGUCUCCAGUAUCCUUUCACCAGGUAUCUGAAGUCCUGUCUGAAGAAACAUCACGUUUAUCUGUAAGUGGCUGGUUUCAUGGUCCUUCAUUGACCAGGCCUCCCACCUACUUUGAGCCACCAAUCCCUCGAAAUCCUCACAUCCCACAAGAUCAUGAAAUUUUAUACGAGUGGAUCAACCCUGCUUAUCUGGAAAUGGAUUAUCAAAUGCAAAUUCAAGAAGAAUUUGAGGAAAGGUCUGAAAUUCUCUUAAAGGAGUUUCUUAAGCCUGAAAAAUUUGCAAAGGUCUGUGAAGCCUUGGAGAAAGGAGAUGUGGAAUGGAAUAGCCGUGGUCCCCCAAACAAAAGGUAUUAUGAAAAAGCGGAAGAAAAUAAUCUCCCUGACAUACUGAAGGAGUGCAUGGGCUUGUUUCGCUCAGAGGCGCUGUUCUUGCUGCUCUCCAACUUCACUGGCCUGAAGCUUCACUUCUUGGCCCCUUCAGAAGAAGAUGAAGCUGACGACAAAGGAGAGGAAGAAGCAGCCUCUUCUACUGAUGCCACUGAAGAAGGGACUAGCCAAAGCCCUUCAAGGUCUGAGAAAAAUCAGGCAGCUGUUGGCAGCCAUAGUGAAGAGAGUGGUGAACAGGCAGACCUGGAACUACAGGAAGAUGAAGCAAAGAAAGAAUCGAGUGUCCCCAUGUGCCAGGGGGAGCUGAGGCACUGGAAGACUGGUCACUACACUUUAGUCCACGACAACAACAAGACUGAGUUCGCCUUGGACCUGUUUCUUUACUGUGGCUGUGAAGGCUGGGAGCCAGAAUAUGGCGGCUUUACUUCCUACAUUGCUAAAGGUGAAGAUGAAGAGCUGCUCCUAGUGAAUCCAGAAAACAAUUCUUUGGCAUUGGUCUACAGAGACAGAGAGACUCUGAGGUUUGUGAAGCACAUUAACCACCGAAGCCUGGAGCAAAAGAAAACUUGCCCAAACAGAAGUGGCUUCUGGGACUUUGCGUUCGUCUAUUAUGAGUAACAGGAUUGGGCAAAGCCAACUACCAUUCACUUCAUCCGUGCUGGGAAACCUGGAGUCUUCAUGGAGGAAGAAAAGCAUGCAGGCUAACAGUGUCCUCAAAACGGACUGUCCCUGCUGGGCGUGCUGGUGCACAUCUUAAUGCCCUUCCACUUCCUAGGUCAGUGUGGUCUACAGAGGCCCCAAGCAAAAGUUGGUCAUUCUAUAUAGAACGCAUGAUUGUCCUCAACCUGGACACUGAUCUGGAGUGAUGUACUUAUGCCUUGGUUUUGGGUUUCAUGACUUUAUUUGUUUUAUGUAUGUGAGUGCUCUGUCUGCAUGUACACUGCAUGCCAGAAGAGGGCAUCAGAUUCCAGUAUAGAUGGUUGUGAGCCAUCAUUUGGUUGCUGGGAAUUGAACUCAGGACUUCUGGAAGAGCAGACAGAGCUCUUAUCUGAUGAGCCAUCUCUCCAGCCCAUUCCUUGGGUUGUUUGUUUGUUUGAGGUUUUUUGUUGUUGUUUUAAGUUUUCCCCACUCCAUUGAAUUCUUUUGAUUACAUAGUGACUGCCUCAGCAACUUUCUAACUUGGAUGAUUUUUUUAAAUUAUGGUAACAAAUAUAACACAAAAUUUAGCAAAGUAACUUUUUUUGUUCUUUAGUUUGAGGUUUUUGUUUUGUUUAUCUUUUGAUGGGGUUUUACCUUGUAGCCCAGGCUAGCUCUGAACUACUGACCCUUCCAUCUCACCCUCCCAAAUACUGGUUACAGGCAUGAGCCAUCAUAACCCAUCAGUGCUUGCAUGUAUAGGUCGGUGGAAUUGAGCAUAGUGACAGUGCUUCAAAGCUGCCUUCACUGCCAUAUGGAGAGUAUCCCCAUCCAAAUGUGAUGUGAAAUUCCAUUGAACAGUCAGUCUCCACUUGCUUUUGCCUCUUUUCUAGUAAUCUGACAUGUUAGUGAAUCAGAUAUUUAUCCCUUCGUAAUUGGCUUGCUUCACUUAGCACGAAGCCUCAGUGUUCAUUGGUGUUUCCAAUAUUUUUCUUUCUCACUCAUAAGUGGCGGUAGAAACAUUUGUAAUCCUCUUCAUCACUGAGUUUGAAGGUUGUGACACAGGCUGAGUCAUGACUCUGCUCCCCGCUGAGGGCUGAGUUCCACCCUGUCAGUCAGGAUAAGGUAGACUCAGGUGGGUAGUGUUGUUCCCUUGGGAAAGGUCUGGCUGAAAACUAACAUGGCCUCAGGGAUUAUGCCGCUGAUAGAGGACAGGCUGCUUACCGCCCUCUGUAUUUAUUCUCAAGAGUCGACCACCUUCUAAACCUGGCGCUGUGGCUCCUGUGAGUCUAGCCCCAGUGACAAACCCAAUGCGAAAAGACAGAGUCGGAACUGCAAGAAGUCCGUCCUCCUUUUGCUUGCAUUGUUCUCCGCCAGCUGCUCCAUGGGGCUGUGGCACCGCUCUUCCCACUGUGGGAGUAUGCAUGAUGGCUGAAAGAUGAUCUCACACUUCCCCACACCAUGCCCAUUUACCACUUUCUCGUUUUCUGAGUAUCCUUACAGGUUUCAGUGUAGACUUUACUUAUUAAUAGAAAAGUGCUGGCCCUUUCAGUUUCUCAUUCUCUUCUUUUUCACUUCCUAAAAGUCCAUCCAGAUACCAUCUGUCUUUCGGGUUGCUGGGUUUCAAUUUAUUUACCCCAUUUAUUUAACAUUCAUUGCCAUUAGGAUACAUACAAGUUUUACAUGUUCUGAUAUUAAUCAUAAAACAAAGUAAUUUUUAAAUAAUGAGAUGAGAAUAUCCAGACCAAAACUGAGGAGCCAUACUUUAAUCCCAGCUUUUGGAAAGUAGAGGCAAGAGGAUCAAGAGUUCAUUACUAUCUUCAGCCACACUGUGAGUUGAAGGCCAGCCUGGGCAAGAGUAUUCCUUGUCUCAGAAACAAAGAGUGGUGGCACAUGUCUUUAUCCCAGCACUCAGAAGGCAGAGGCAGGCAGAUCUCUGUGAGUUCAAGGACAGCCAGAGCUACAUAGUGAGACCUUGAUUCAAAAAACAAAGACCGUCCAGACCGUUUUACAAUUGUCUUCUGUGAUGGGCUGUUUGUUGUCCAUGCAUACUGUUUUAGACUCCACAGCAGUUUAAACCAAAGAGUAGUGCUCCAGGAGGACUACACACACUUUGUUGCUAACAGUUAAUUCUGAAGCUUCUCUUUUCCGAACUGCUGCAGACUAAUGGCAGGCUUGUGCUCCCUUCUCGCUCCUCAUACCCAUACCUUGCUAUACAUACUUCAAUCAUUCUUGCUUCCUUUUUCCUUGUUCUGUUUUUUGUUUGUUUGUUUGUUUUUUCUGAGACAGGAACUCACUUUGCAGUCCAGGCUGACCUACUGAAGGUUUUCCUGCCUACGGCUCCUACAUUCGAGGAUUACAGGGAUGUGCCACUACCUCCAGCUCCCCUUGCUUUUUUAUGUGUCCUCAUGAGUGGAAGAGGAAAAAUGAGUUGAACUAAUACUUUGUCAGUGGGUUAGCUCUAGGAAGAGCCAGGAAGUAUUAAGACAAUGAAAGCAUCAUGUGAGGCAAAGCUUGUUUCGCUUAGCACUCUCCAGCAGCACCCAGCUUUUCCCGUUCUGGGGACCUGAGUCGACAUCUUUACUGUUUUGUGUGGAAUAUGCUCUGUCACCACGGGGCCUUUACAAGACUGGAUUGAAGUGCCUGAGUGGAAAGAAUUCUGAAGGGUCUUCUUGUCUUUGCAGAGCCUUGUGGCCUGCAAGAACAAUAGAACCGACACAUUGCUUUUCUGUUAUGAUGACACAGUUACUGAGAAGCUGCUGUUUUCAGUUGUCAUGUGCCACAUUAUUGAUGUCCCAGGUAGAUAAACGGCAUAUAUGACUUAUGGGCCCAUAAGUCUACAAUGGAAAUGAAAGACUCCUCCAAAUCACUCAUAGUCAUGGUGACAUCAGUGAGAAUAGACCAGCUGUGCUGCUGCUGCAUGAGAGCACGACGCACUCAGCUGUGCCUGGAACUGUCCAUCACAGGCCACCACUUUGUGCGCUCAGUACACAGUACCUGCUCUGUACACUGCUGUCAGGGCAUUGACUCCUGGGUGGCUUCAGGCAGAUCCUUCACAAGGUAUUCCACAGAAAGGCAUGGCUGUUGGGCUGCCAUUUACUUCUGUGCCUGUUUCUGCCCCUGAAGACCACAGUGAAACAGAGUGCAUUCCUGGAAUGCAGUGAUGAUAAUGAUAAUCAGGAGUGAGUGAGUCUGGGCCAGUGUGUGUGUGUGUGUGUGUGUCUUAGUUUUUAACAAAAAGAAAAAAUUCAGAAAGUUAAAAAAAUGAAAACUUAAAGGAAAUAUUUUUGUACAGCUAUAAAAAUAUAAAGUUCUUAAGUCAAAGUUAUAAAAAAACUUUAAAGAAGUUCUAUUAUACAAGCUAAGGCUAUUGAAAAUAGAGUAUUUUUAACAUGUACAGGUUGAACGCCUACAAGCUUCCGCCUUGUCUGUCCAAGCAUACUGUCACAUUUGCACAGUGAAUGUGCCUCACCUCACAGCUCUGCUUCAUUCCUGACCCUAACUGAUUGCUGCUUUGGUCAGGGCAAAAAGGAAAAUGUGGACUCAUAGUACCUCUUUUUGAUAAAACGCUAUGCAUUUCCUGUGUGACCAAAGGCAUGUCUCUUAAUAGUGAGCCUCUAACUAUUUUAUUUUCUUAUUUAUUGGUGUUUUUGGGAAUGGUCUCUGUGUAUACUCUCGUUCCCUAAAUGCUGAGAUUGCAGAAGUACACCACUGUGUCCUGCUGUGAACCUCCAGUUCUUGUAACUCCUUUUUCUAAGGUAAAUUUCCCUGCAAAGUAACAGCUUUCUACCUUUUCAGAUUAUAUAAGCAGUGCAUGUUCAGUGUUGAGAAAUUAAACCCAUGUGGACAAAUACAAAGGUCACUUGAAAUCCCAUCACCCUGUGACGACUUGUUGCUUUCAGCGCGUCAGUGUGGCUCCCUGCCCUGUAUUAGAAAGCAUGACUCCCCUUUGUUCUCUCGUGCCCAUUGCUCCUCUUGGGUAAAUACAAGAUCCUAGGGCAGCUUGUCAGGCAGGGCUCUGAGGAAGUGACUACAGGCCGCCACUAUAUACAAGAAUGAAAAUAGUUACCUGUGUGGGUCUUUAAGUGUGUCUCUUUCAGGUCUCUUAUGAAUGAAAACCAGCAGCCAGAGAUGCAUUUGGAAAUCUGUCAUGCAGCUAAUGCUACCCCAACUGACAGACUGCCUUUAAAUUUAUUUUUCCUUAAUAUAAAUUUGUUUACACACAACUUUGAAUGAUUUUUUUUUAAUGAAUGUAUUUUUUGUUUUCCCACAAAAUAAAGAUGUUUUGUGCA